UCCUCUAUUUUUUUACCUUGAAAAGUAAUGAAGGGAUUUUAAAGACUUUUUCAUCCAAUUUCUAAAAUUAAGGUACAAAAUUAAAUAAAAAUGAAUACAGAAGUUACAGAAAACUGUGUUCUCACUCCCGAAUUAAUCGAAGCUGGUGAACGCUACAAAGCCGAAGCGAACGAGUACUUUAAAAAACAAAAUUACAACGCCGCUAUAGAACUUUACACUAAAGCAAUAGAAGCAAAUCCGAAUGUGGCGAUCUAUUAUGGCAAUCGUAGUUUCGCUUACUUGAAAACCGAGUGCUUUGGGUACGCUUUAGCCGAUGCUUCGAAGGCAAUUGAGCUGGACAAAGGCUAUGUUAAGGGGUUUUACAGACGGGCUGCGGCCCACAUGAGCUUGGGCAAGUUUAAAGAAGCCCUAAAGGAUUACGAAUAUGUGACAAAAGUGAGGCCUAAUGACAAAGACGCCAAGUCCAAAUAUACGGAGUGUAACAAAAUAGUGAAGAAAUUGGCUUUUGAGAAGGCUAUUUCAGUGGAAGAUACCAAAAAGAAUAUUGCCAGUACCAUUAAUUUAGAUGCAAUGACAAUAGAGAACGAGUACACAGGCCCUGAGCUCGAGGAUGGAAAGGUGACUUUAAAAUUCAUGAAAGAUUUAAUGGAAUUGUAUAAAAAUCAGGGCAAACUGCACAGGAAGUAUGCCUACAAAAUCUUGUUAGAUGUUAAAGCGUAUUUUAUGAAACAACCAUCACUGAUUGAUGUUGAAAUCGGUCCUGAGGAUAAAUUUACUGUUUGUGGUGAUAUCCAUGGUCAGUUUUACGACCUUAUGAACAUUUUUAACUUGAACGGUCUGCCAUCUGAAACAAAUCCCUACCUCUUCAAUGGUGACUUUGUCGACAGAGGUUCAUUUUCGGUUGAAUGUAUUUUUACACUUUUUGGAUUCAAAUUGUUGUAUCCUAACCACUUUUUCAUGUCCAGAGGGAACCACGAAAGCGCCACAAUGAACCAAAUGUACGGUUUCGAUGGUGAGGUCAAGGCUAAAUACACGGCUCAAAUGGCUGAACUCUUCACUGAGGUUUAUAAUUGGUUACCAUUAGCUCACUGUUUGAAUAAAAGAGUUCUUGUCAUGCAUGGCGGUUUGUUUACCAGAGAUGAUGUAACUUUGAGCGAAAUUAGUAAAAUUGACCGCAACAGACAGCCCCCCGAAGACGGCCCCAUGUGUGAACUGCUUUGGUCGGAUCCGCAGACCCAAAAUGGACGCGCGCCGAGUAAAAGAGGAGUUGGGUGUCAGUUUGGACCAGACGUUACAAAGACGUUUUUGGAAUUAAAUAAACUGGAUUACAUUAUUAGGAGUCAUGAAGUGAAAAAUAACGGAUAUGAAGUUGCUCAUGACGGAAAAUGUAUCACGGUGUUUUCCGCUCCCAACUACUGUGAUACCAUGGGUAAUCAAGGUGCUUUUAUUACAUUAAAAGGAAAAGAUAUGGAGCCUAAGUUUACUACAUAUGAAGCAGUGCCCCAUCCAAACGUAAAACCAAUGGCGUAUGCACACUCUUUACUAAGUUUAAUGUGCUAGUACCUGCCUUUUUAAUGUAGUUAACGUAGGCAUUUCAUCACUUUUAAUUUUUUUGUAUUAAAAUGAGUUUUUAUUGUUUCUGUUAUUUAAUUUUGUAUCAUCAUCGAAAAGAUACCUCUAGAACUUAAAGUAAAUAAAACAUUUAUUUAUUAUAUACCAAGUUUCCUUCAUUGUGACUUAUACAAUAGCAAUAAAAAUUCUACUACACUUUU